UUUUGUUUAGACAGGUAGCCAGUGUUUUAACCAGUUAAGUAGCCCCAUUAAUGGGUAUUGAUAAAGUGAUUUGAAUUCAAGGGCUACUGGUCACGUGUUCCACCUGGAAGACUGGCUCGUGACUUUGUUUACAUCAACGUCUUGUGGUCGCUGGAGCGUGGCACGGCCGGGUACUGGAUUUAGCUGGCCCGGUGUGUCGCCCUGCCAGGUCUAACUGUCGUACCUCAGCAGACGUUCAGGUUACCGCAGUCAGAGGCUGACCGUGACGGUCACAGGAGUCACAUUGUGUGUGGGGACACGGUGUGUAGGGAACAAUGUGUGUAAGGAUGGUGUGUGUCGGUAGAGAGGGAUAGCAGCUGAGUUUCACGCUUGACCUAGUGCCACGAUGAGCCAACCAAGGCUAAAAAACGCACAUGCCUUCUGCCCCUGCCCCCAGCUGACAGCCUACUGGACCCCACCCCCGUCCUGGCCUCGUCGAAUCUGCUGCUGUGAAACCUUAUCAAAGAUGUCUUUUCUAGGGCUGAGUGUGUUCCGGGACGCCAAGACGACCUGCAUCUUUGUGGGGCUCAUCCUGAUCACCUACUACUUCAUCAUGGACAUCAUCCUCUUCAUGAGGUUCAGGAACGUCGACAUUGUAGCCGACUCCAAGCCCGGGGCGCCAGACGAACUCUACUCCCCCUUCACACACUUGUCUGUCAAGGCUUUGAUGAAUGACCACACCAGCCAGUACAUCAUCAGCCCCAGCGCCGAGUACUUCGACACCCUGACGCAGUUCUCAACCCGCUUCAGCUUCAUCACCCCCAACAUCAUCUCCUUCACCCACCUCUUCCUGGGGCUCCUGUCUGGGAAGUUUGUGGCCUCAGAGAACCUGCAUGACCGCAGGGUGGGCGUGGUCAUCUUCCAGAUCAGGUCCUGGCUGGACGCCUUUGAUGGCGUGGUCUUCCGUUCUCAGUCCGGCACCCACCUACAGUUCCAGUCAGUGCGUGCCACUACAGGAUAUUACGUGGACACUACGUGCGACGCACUAGGGGGUGUGUUCCUGUGUUUUGGGAUUUUAUUCUACUUAUGGAAGCGGUUUGACCCCGUCAAGCAGGACCUGCCGACCUGGAGUAAAGCGCAGGAGGCAGCGUCCAAGACUGGGCUAGUGUCCAACGGCCAUAGCGUGGCCCCCAGGGAAACGUACAGUAUAAAGUACCUGUUCUGGAAAGUGUUCUGUUACGGCCUGUGUCUGGCCUGUGCUGGCAAGUUCUGGGACUUGGUUGUGGGGGAUUUCAAGGAGAUCUUCCAGACACCAUUGAAGGAUCCUAAAAUGUCUAUGUUGCAAUUUGAACUUUGUCACUCAACAACUACAGUUGUGCUGUUUUAUUUAUGGAGGAUUCUAGAAGGACAAGCGCUGCUACAGUAUAUACUCAUUCCCAUCAUUAUAGAUAAGAUAUGGGAGUUUUUAAACUACACCCAGUAUAUUCUCCUGUCAGUGAUAGUUGGUCUCUACAUCGUCAGCUUGCUCUACAUUAGACACCUGCGGACAGUUUUAAAUCUCUGAACUGAGUUGUGCCUCAACACCACGCCUUACGGACUACCUGGUGAGUGGAUAUUUUUCACCUACUGCAGUGGACAUUCAAAUCUGGAUACAGACACCAUUGACGCCUAAUCUGGUUACACCAUCUUCCAACUCCUAGCUUGGAAUGGCACUCCACCAUGAUAAAAACAUUUUACCAGCUGCUACAGAAAUUAUUUCAAACAUUUGUUCUAGGAUUGUCUUACUCCAGUCUACAGUACAGGAAAUGGAAAAAGAAAGAGUGGAAGCUUACAGAUUCAUAAUAUCAU